UUUCAGAUGGCGGUUUAGCAAGCUUUGGGUAUGUUCCUUUGAUGCCUUUUGUGUGUAGGAGUUGGAAUUCUCAUUGUACCCGGAAGUCAAGCAAAUCGACUACUGGUUGCUGCUGGUUAUAGUCAUUGUAUAAUAGUAUAUAACUAUAUAUCUUCUUCUUCAGAAGCACACAUCAUCAGUAAGAGUUUCUAAAUCAAACAAAGGGAAGUUUACACCCGAAAUUGGAAGCAUGGGUGGCAAGUUCAAAGCCGAUCUGGUGGAGCUGAUAUCAUCACCUCAUCCACUAAUCUUAGUGACAGUAGAACCUUGGUUUCUAGUGAUGGAAGCUUUGAACUGGGAUUCUUCAGACUGGAAGUGCGAGCCGAUUGAUGACACGUCUGGUGUUUUGAUGAUAAACAGCAAAGGUAAUCUGGUACUUCUCAAUCAAAGCGGGAGUGUUGUUUGGGCAUCAAACUCAAAGAAAGAAGCUCAAAACCCAGUAGUGCAGCUCCUGGAUUCUGGAAAUCUUGUUCUACAGGAUAGAAAUGCUGGUAUUUUGUGGCAAAGCUUUGACUAUCCAACUGAUACUUUGCUGCCGGAUAUGAAACUUGGAUUGGACUUUAAGAGUGGACUUAAUCGCCAACUAUCAGCUUGGAAGACCACAAAUGAUCCGUGCCCUGGAGACUUAACUAUGGGGAUAGUGCCAAAUAAUAAUCCCGAGUUUGUUAUUUGGAAAGGCUCGAGAAAAUACUUUCGGACAGGCCCCUGGAAUGGCAUUGCAAUGAGUGGUACACCCCAGUUGAAGCCAAAUCCGUGGUUCACGUUCAGCUUAGUCUCAAAUGAAGAGGAGGUUUACUACAUAAUUUACCUCAGAAACAAAUCAACAAUCACAAAGCUUAUUUUGAACCAAACUUCCAGUAGGAGGGAACGCUAUUUGUGGAAUAAAGACACUCAGACUUGGACAAGGUUCAGUUAUUUUCCGUGGGAUGAGUGUGACUACUAUGGGACUUGUGGGGCAUACGCGAUCUGUGUCAAUACUGUGCUACCGCCUUACUGCCAUAAAGGUGAUGGAUUUAUGAAAGUUGGUGGGCUGAAAUUGCCAGAUACUACACGUUCUUGGGUGAAUAAAAGUAUGAACCUCAAAGAGUGUAGGGCCAAAUGCUUAGAGAAUUGUUCUUGUACGGCCUAUACAACCUUGGACAUUAAAGAAGGCAGUGGUUGUGCAAUUUGGUUUGGUGAUCUGAUUGAUCUUAAAGACCUCCAAUCUGCUGGACAGGAUUUAUACAUUCGAAUGGCUUUUUCUGAUUCAGACCACGAAGAGACAAAAGGCAAGACUAAAAUUUUGGCAGGACUGAUAAUUCCAACUGCCAUUCUUGUAGUUAUUGGUGUUCUUGCAGUCACCUACUACAUUCGAAGGAGCCAUCGAAGCAUAGAAGGAAGAGAAAAUGGCAGCAGUAAUGAAAGACAAAUUGAAGAUAUGGAGCUCCCAUCAUUUGAGUUAGAUUUAAUAUCAAAUGCCACUAAUAACUUAUCUUCAAACAACAAGCUAGGAGAAGGUGGCUUUGGGCCUAUAUACAAGGGUACUCUACCAGAUGGAAAAGAAAUUGCUGUGAAGAGGCUCUCAAGAAGCUCGGGAUAAGGAAUAGCUGAGUUUAAGAAUGAAGUAGCACUUAUAGUCAAACUUCAACAUCAAAAUCUUGUAAAGCUUCUAGGAUACUGCAUUCAGGGGGAGGAGAAAAUGCUGAUUUACGAAUAUAUGCCCAAUAAAAGUUUGGACUUCUUCAUUUUUGGUUAGGAUUCUUGUUAAACCAUUCAAUUAACUUUGUAAAAGUAUAUAAAUUCAUCGCAAUACU